AUGGCGACUUGCAUUGAGCCAAGCAGAGUGAAGUAUAAAUUCGUGGAGGAAGUCGAGCGCUUGGACUAUUAUGUCCCAGGAGGCUAUCACCCCGUGAUGCUCGGUGAUCAAUUCUGCUCCGGUCGAUACAAAAUUGUUCACAAACUCGGCUUCGGCCGCUCUGCCACAACUUGGUUAGCAGAGGAUACAGAUAAAGGUCGCCUCGUUGCCAUCAAAAUCUCCACAGCCGAGUCAGCCGACCAAACUCACGAAAUGCAGAUCCUUUCGCGAUUAGCGAAGGCUGAAUCCAACCUCCCCGGAAAAGCUAUCGUCCAGAACCUCCUUGAUUCUUUCAAAAUCUCUGGACCAAAUGGCACUCAUCGGUGUUUAGUUACUGACACCGCAAGACUCAAUAUUAAUGAGGUGAAAGAGUACCCGUAUCAUCGACUUCUUCGUCUUCCAGCGGCGCGAGCUAUCGCUACACAGCUUGUUCUUGGGGUGCAAUUCACACAUUCUCAAGGGAUUGUUCAUGGGGACCUUCACCUUUCAAAUAUCCUUCUUCAAUUGCCACCCUGCAUGAGAAACGUGACACCUGAGCAGCUACUUGCUAGAACUGGCGAACCAGCGAAAGAGCUCGUUGUCCGCGAGGAUGGCGCUCCUCUUGACCCUGGAGUUCCUCCUGAGCUUGUUAUCCCGAUAUGGCUAGGCAUUGAUAGUGAUAAGGUGACCCUAGGAGAUGCCCUGAUCAAGAUUGCAGAUUUUGGGGAAGCCUUCAACCCUCGAGAAACAAAACAGUACGCUUGCCAUACACCUCUCUUGCUUGCACCACCAGAAUCCCGCUUUGCCGAUGCGGGAAAUUUAGAUAAGCCUCUUUCUUUCCCAGCUGAUAUCUGGACAUUAGCAUGUACUAUGUGGGAUAUCUUUGGAUGUAGACCUCCAUUUGAGUCCUUUCCAGUCUCGCAAGAUACGGUUACAAUGGAGCAUGUCGAGAUGCUUGGGAAACUUCCUAAUCGGUGGUGGAAUGAGUGGGAAGAAAGGAGCAAUUGGUUUGAUGAAGAUGGCCGUAAGAAUGUGAAGCAGAACCUCCGUCAGUGGUAUGGGAAUACACACCGAGAUUGGGAUAUGCGGUUCGCCGAAUACAUACGACAACCACGGGAAAGACAUGGAUUUGAUUUAUUUACAGCAGAGGAGGAGAUGGCUUUCCGUGGCAUGAUAAAGUUGAUGUUGGUUCUUGAGCCGAGCAAACGUGCUACGAUCGAUGAAGUUGUUGAAUGUGACUGGAUGCAACAAUGGGGAUUGCCUGAGUAG